GAAAGAAAAAAAGAGAGAGAAAAAAAAAAGACACUGCAGGAGCAAUAGCGAAUCAAUCAAACUUCAUGGCGAUGGCUCCCUCAUCUGUCAAUAAGCAGAGCUCAAGGACUGAUGAGAGUCAAAGCUCGGAGAUUGAGUUGUUAUCCUGCCCAGUAUGCUAUGAACCACUAAUGCGAAAAGGCCCACCUGGUCUAAUCCUGCAAGCAAUAUGCAGAUCAUCGUUCGACUGCAAGAAAUGCUACAAGUCGUAUUCCAGUGAACACAACUACUUGGAUCUCACUGUUACUGCUGGAUUGAAGAAGUACGUUGAAGUUAAACCAGUUGGCACUGAGUUAUUCAGGAGAUCCUUCAUGUCCUUCAUUUAUGAAAAAGGUUAUCGUCAGUAUUUUAGACGAUAUGGCUUCCCAGGUCCUGAUGAAGAAUUUAAAAUGGCUCAGGACUACUUUAAAUCCACUGAAGGUGGUGUUCUAGUGGAUGUUAGCUGUGGGAGUGGUUUGUUCGCGAUAAGAUUCGCCAAAUCUGGGACCUAUUCAGGAGUUGUGGCACUUGAUUUUUCUGAAAAUAUGCUUCUCCAGUGCUAUGAUUAUCUUAUGAGAGACCCUACUAAUUUUUUGGCUACUGAUCUUGUUCUUGUGAGGGCCGAUGUUUCUAGGCUUCCAUUCACAUCAUGUUCAGUUGAUGCUGUCCAUGCCGGCGCUGCAUUGCACUGCUGGCCAUCUCCUUCCAACGCUGUUGCUGAAAUCACUCGUGUAUUACGAAGUGGUGGCAUCUUUGUUGGGACCACUUUUCUGCGGUCUAGUCCUUCAAGUACUUCCUGGAUAUUCAAACCACUCAAUGAGAGGGUUCUUCCCAGCGGGAAUUAUUUUAGGGAGGAAGAGAUUGAGGACUUGUGCACAUCAUGCGGUCUCACAAACUACUCGAGCAAAGUUGACCAAUCUUUCAUCAUCUUUUCUGCUCAGAAACCUUGAAGAAGACUAGCUAGCAGGUUCAUUUCUCCAUAUUGGUGGUGUGCCAUAAAGCUGUGUAUGGUAUAAUAAAUUUCGGGGAUCGAGACCUGUAAAUUUCGAGGAUCGAGUUACAGGUCUCGAUCCCAAGGUUUUCUUUCUUCUUUUUCUUGAAUGUAAGCUAUUUAUUCCUAUUGUAAACCAAUAACGGUUAGAAUAUAUAGGAGUGGGGAAGAAAUGCAAGGGUCACUCAUUCCCAUUCCAGAUUCUUUGUUUAAGUUAUGUUGUGAUCUUUAUGGUAUAAAUUCUGAAUCUCUUGAUCA